AUGGAAGACCCUCAACGGGAACAGUAUGUUUAUACAUAUACGUAUCAAUCAGAUGGAGAUGGUGGACAAACGCCUCAGUCAAAUACAGUGAAAGUAACAACAACGGUUGAAGAAGAAACAACGCCAGAUGGUACAAAAGUUGUACGAAAAAAAGAAGAAUCACAACAAGUAUCAAAAGUCACCAAAAUUCAAACGAUAACACGUGUUCAUAGACAUCUAAUUGAUCCGAUAACGGGUGAAAUAAUAAGACAAGAUGAUCCCAGAUAUCAGGCAUUAAUAAAUGAAUACGGAGAACCAAAUGCGACAUGGUCCGAUGAGCAAGUUUUUUACGAAGGAAAUGGACCAACGAACGGUCUGACAACAUCACACGUCAGUACAACAACAAAUGGUAUUUCUCCAACAUCUUCACAACACAAAUCUCAAGAAAGAACACGAUCUCGUACCGAAGAAUCAUCGUCUGCACGUUCAUCACAACGUUCAACUCAUCGUCAACAUGAAUUUGAUCAAGUUGAUCACAGAACUGAUCGUAGUACAUAUGCCGAUAUUGAAACAGUAAUGAACAAUGGAACAUCUAGUUCAGCAGCAUUAAGACGGAAAGGUGUUAGUCCAUUAGGACAAGGAAAUUUUGCAACGGGGUUAAGUGGUACUGACAAAACAAUCGGACGUUUAAUUGAUCCAAAUGAAAACCGCUAUUCAAAUGGAACUCAUUCAUCGGGACGUACUUCCGUACAAAAAUAUGCAAAAAAUACGGGUACUUCUACUAAUGGCUAUACUACAGAUAUUGUAACAUCAACAACACGUCCGGCAGAUAUGACACGUUAUUUAACAAAUAAUGAACCAGAAAAUAACAAAAUUAGUAACGACGAACAAAUUAUUGAUUAUGAUCCAAAUGAUCCUAAUUUAGUGGAUGAACCAUAUUUAGAUGUUGAAAACCCAUAUGAAGGGCUUGGUCCUGGAAGAGAAGAUAUUGGUCGUGGUUUAACGGCAACGGCCGGACGACAAUCACCAGAUAGUAUAGGACAUGCACCUCCCGGUUAUAGUGAAGACUACGGUACGUUAAGUCGUUUAUAUGCACCCUAUGGUGGUGAAGAUGAUUUUCGAAAUCGUUCACCAUCAAUUGACACUGAAUUUCGAGAACAACGCUGGAGAGAUCCCGACCUUCAAGAAGUAAUCGAAUAUCUUGCUCAUACAAGCGAUGUUAUCAAGGAAAAUGCUGCUGCAUAUUUACAACAUUUAUGCUACAAUGAUGAUGGAAUCAAAGCCAAAACACGUGCCUUGAAUGGUAUUGCUUAUCUAGUAGCUUUAUUGGAACAUGAAAAAUCAGAAAUUCAAAAAAAUGCAUGCGGAGCAUUAAGAAAUUUAUGUUAUGGAAAACGAAAUGAUGAAAAUAAGCUUGAACUAAAAAAUCGAGGCGGUAUACCCGCACUAAUUCGAUUACUAAGACGUACACCGUUCGAAGAUGUUCGCGAAGCAGUUACAGCCGUUCUUUGGAAUGCUUCUUCCUCAGUGGCACUAAAAGGUCAAAUAUUAGAUGAUGGUUUAAUGGUUCUUGUUAAAAAUAUCAUUAUUCCAUUUUCUGGAUGGGAUCCUGACCCUAAUCAACGACUUAAUCCACAGGGAAAGUUCCCAGCAGUAUUUAAAAAUGCCACAGGAAUACUCAGAAAUUGUUCAUCAGCUGAUUAUGAUGGUCGACGUAAAAUGCGUGAUUGUGACGGUUUUAUUCCAGCGUUAUUACAUGCUGUUAAUUCAUCGUUACAAUCAAAUGAAAUUGACAAUAAAUCGAUUGAAAAUUGUAUGUGUAUAUUAAGAAAUUUAUCCUAUAAAUUACAAGAGAUAAUUGACCGUGAUUACGAUAAAAACUAUCCGGCUAUGGCAGCUGCUGUUGCCAGUUCAACAUCAUCUUCGUGGAGUGUUAAUCCUACUCACCAUGAUGAUAAGAUAAAAACAGGUUGUAUGGGAUCAAAAAGAAAACCAAAACAACUCCAACAACAGCAACAACAACAGCAACAAUAUUUACAAAAUCAGUUAAACAAUCGUCAACAACGUGAACAGAGUCGUGAACCACCAUCAAAUAUUUAUGCAAUUUUGGCACCACGCGAAGGACGUCCAGUUGAAUUACUUUGGCAAACAGAUGUUAUUGGAACAUACGUUCAUUUACUAAGACAUAGUAGUAAUCCUGAUACUCUUGAAGCAACAGCUGGUUGUAUACAAAAUCUCACUGCUUGUUAUUGGAAACCAUCGAAUGAUUUAAGAGCAGAAGUACGAAAAGCUCGCGGUUUACCGGAACUUGUUGAUUUAUUACAUGUCGAUGAAUGUGAUGCAGUUGUUAAUGUCUCAGCAAUUGCAUUGAGAAAUUUAGCUAUUGAUCCAACCAAUCGUGAAGUACUCGGUACUUAUGCAAUGAAAGAUUUAAUUGAUGUAUUACCAAAACAAACUGAUCAACGUCGACGACAUUCAGAUGAAACAAUAGCUUCUGUUCUAGCUGCAAUUAAUGAAAUUAUACGAGUCAAUGAUGCACAUGCUAAGUCCUUAUUUGAAAAAGAGGGUGUUCAACGAAUGAUAUUCAUAAUGAAUAGUAAACCACAUACAUUUAAUUCUAAAGUAAUCAAAUAUACCGCACAUGUUUUAAGUACAAUGUGGAAGCAUCGAAGUUUACAAGAAUUAUAUAAAAAACAUGGUUACAAAGAAAGUGACUUUAUACAUCAUCGUCUAUUGAAUUCGAAAUCAUUAACAUCUAGUCCACAAUCAACAUUACAUCGACCUAGAGGAGAUCUAGGACAACCAACGUCUUAUUUAAGUAAAGGAAAACAAAUUGUUAGACCACAAAAACACGGAGGAGGUGAAGAAUAUCGAAUGCGUAAAAUGAAUCAAAGUGUUGAGAAUCUUCCGCGACCAUAUGGCGACGGGAUACUACCUACCAGAGAUCCACAUGCGGACUUGUAUGCAACAGUGCAUAAACAUCGUCCACAACAAGUCCAAUCGACUUGGGAUCAUUCUACAUCGCCCGAUUCUUGGGUUUAA